UCAGCAUCGCCGUCCGGCCGCCUGUUUCCUCUGCAGGGAAUCUGCUCUGAACUCUGAGCUGCUUUUUUCCCCCGGAGACGUCAGAAACAGUCCUGAAAUGUCUCAGAUGUCUGUUCUGCUGCUUCUGACAGGUCUUUUCCUCCUGAUCCCAUCAUUCACUUCCGGAUCUAGUGGUGCGUACCCGGUGGCCUGUGAGACUCGUGGAAUGGACCUGGAGGAGUAUGAAGUGGUGGUUUUAUGUCCACCUGACUGCACACUGUUCAGGAUGUCGGUGUAUGGGACCAGGAUUUACGCUGCCGUCUCCUCUGUCUGUGCAGCUGCUGUACACAGAGGGGUCCUUAAGCGAUCUGGGGGCCCUGUUAAAGUUCAAAAGCUGCAGGGACGACACAACUAUGUGAGCUCAUAUGCUAACGGCAUCCAAUCCCAGGCCCUGUCUCGCUGGAGCACCUCCUUCAUCCUCAUCAAGGCUGUUAGUGAUCCUCUGGAGCUGACCAGUGAAACCAGUACCACAGCCCUGCCUGCAGCCGCACAGCCAGCAAAGAAACCAGCAAAAAAGCCAUCUGUGAAGAAAGCUCUGACUGGAGGAAACAGAGACUGUCAGAUAGAUGUUGCCAUGGUGAUUGACAGCAGCAGCAACAUCGGGCAGCGAAGGUUCAACCUUCAGAAGAACUUCGUAGCCAAACUGGCAGCUGCGUUGAGAAUUGGACCAACAGGACCUCAUAUAGGACUGAUACAGGCCAGCAACACCCCCAGGACCGAGUUCCUGUUGGCCAACUAUACCCAGCCUAAAGAGAUGCUGUUUGCCAUCAGAGAGCUGAGCUACCUGGGAGGAGAUACCAAUACAGGUAAAGCCAUCAUGCACACAGCAGAGACCUUCUUCACCCAGGCCAAUGGGGUGAGGCGUGGUCACCCUCGGGUAAUGAUGGUAGUGAUUGACGGCUGGCCAUCUGAUGACGUGGAGCAGGCCGCCAUGUUGGCCAGAGAGUCUGGCAUCAACGUCUUUGUGGUGUCUGUGGCCAAACCAGCAGCUGAGGAGCUUGGCGUGGUGCCAGACAAAGACUUCAUGAAAAAGGUGGUGUGUAAAGAUAACAGUUUCUUCAGUUACUCCAUCCCCAGCUGGUUCAGCACCACCAAACAUGUCCGAGUCCUGACCAACAGACUCUGCUCGCUGGAUGAUCUACUCUGCAGUAAAACCUGCUACAACUCUGUGAACAUUGGCUUCCUCAUUGACGGCUCAUCUAGUGUCGGACAAGGAAACUUCCAGCUGGUCCUGGACUUCCUGGCAGGAAUCACCCGGAGCUUUGACGUCUCAGAUGUGGGAACUCGUGUUGGUGCAGUUCAAUUCACCUAUGACCAGAAGCUGGAGUUUGGGCUGUUUGACCACCCCAGCAAAGAGGAGACCAUCAACGCUCUGCAGAGGAUCUCCUACAUGAGCGGAGGAACGUCCACUGGAUCAGCCAUCAGCUUUGCCACCCAGAGCCUGUUUAGGGAAACAAAACGAGGUCACAACUUUCUCAUCGUGGUAACUGACGGCCAAUCAUACGAUGAUGUCAGAGGUCCAGCGACAGCUGCACACAGACAAGGCAUCACCAUCUUCUCAGUUGGUGUGGCCUGGGCGCCCCUCACUGACCUCAGAUGGAUGUCCUCAGAGCCAAAGGACAGCCACACCUUCUUCACCAGAGAGUUCACAGGCCUAGCAGAGUUUGUCCCUCUGCUAGUCCGAAGCAUCUGCCGAGACUUCACCGAAAACAACUGAGAACACACAAACAUGAAUUAUGACUCACAGAGAAAAACAUUAUUUUCUCCAAAAUUAUUCACAAGGACCAUCUGAACAAAAUAACCAGGAAUGUUUAACCAGGAAAAUGUCUGUAGUUAGUCACAGCUGAUGUUAGUCUCUCUACACCUCAACGGCAGCCAUAUUUUCUUAAUGUAACGUUGUUUUGAUGUUUGUUCCUGUCAAAUAAGUUUUGGAUAAAAUAAA